AUGCGGCUGUCUUUGAUCCAACCACACUCCUCAGGGGCCCUGCUGCUGCUGCUGCUGCUGCUCAUGUGGGAGAAUGUGGCUUCUGUACCCAGGUGUCUCAUGAAAGAUGGAGGCUGUCAGAAGGUCCUUCGCUUUAUGUUUAAUAGGACAAGCACCAUAUCGGAGACCAUCAAUCGCCUCUCUUUGGAAACGUUAAAUGAAUUUGAUGCACAGUAUGAUCCAGGCCAGAAGUUUCAGAACAAGCCCACCAUGACCUGCCACACUGCAUCUCACUCCAUCCCAAACAGCAAAAGGAAAGCUCAAAGAAUGCAGCCUGUGACCCUUCUGAAUGUGACCAUCAGAAUGCUGGCUGCCUGGAAAAACCUUCUGUACCAUGUACAAAACAGUAUGGCUGACCUUGAUGGAACUCCAUAUGCUACCAUAUCAAAAGUUGCCUUGAUUGAUAGGCAAAUCAAAAGACUCACAAAAAAUCUGCAGGGCAUUAAUACUAUACUCAGCCAGGUUCAUCCUGAACUUAAGAAAAAUGAGACCUACACUGCCUGGUCAGGAGAGCCAUAUCUACAGCAAUCCCAAAGAGGAAUCCAACUUUUUGGUCUACAUAGCUUGUUCGUCUGCUUGAACAGAGACACACAAAAAGUGUCUGAUUAUGUCAAUAUCCUGAGACAACAAAUUGUUCAUAAUGAAUGA